CUCCCCGAGAACAACGGGGUAGUCGUCGACUGGCUCCGCCAGCUCCUCAAAGAAAUCGAAAAGGACAAGAAGAAGCACAAGGGCCCGCUGAAGCUCAGCGACCCUGUGCAGGACCUCAAGGAUCUUAUCGACAGCUCCCCGGAGCUCUACAUGCUGGCCCAGGCCAUGCUCGACGAGGUGCCCAACAAGGAGCCCUACAUCAAUGACCCUGUCGGCAACAAGCAGAUCAAGUCUCUGGAUGAUCUCUACCUCUGCUUCGACAAGGUCAUGACAUCCAGGGCUCCCAUCUGGAGAAAGCUCGAGUAUGAUGUCGGCUUGGUCGGCUUCCCGUUCAAUGCCGUCCUCGACUGGCCCAUGGCCACUCCCAGCGGAUACGCCUUCUUCCUCAAAGAAAACAUCAACCAGAAGUUCAAAGUCAUCCUCGACACCUGGAAGACGUCCUUCCUACAGACGAUCAAGUCCGCCAAAGUCCUGCUCCCAAAGCCAGGCGACGGGAUCCCCCUCGAAGAAGCCUGGCUCAGCCCCGAAUCGCGGAAAUACAUUGAAAAGGACACCAACCGCGAAGGCGAGAACCUCAAGUUCGAAGAGCUCUUCAUAUGCGACCCGACCAAGGACUACUGGGGCUUCACCUCCUGGGACGACUUCUUCAUCCGCAAGUUCAAAAACUACAACAGCAUCCGCCCCAUCGCCUUUGAGGACGACGACAACUGGAUCAUCAACUCGUGCGAGUCCAAGCCCUUUGCGCUGCAGGCAAACGCCAAGGACUACGACAAGUUCUGGCUCAAGGGCCAGCCGUACUCCAUCAUGGACAUGCUCAAGCGCGACCCCAACUACGCGUCGAAGUUCGUCGGCGGCACCGUGUACCAGGCCUUCCUCAGCGCCACCUCGUACCAUCGCUGGGACUCGCCCGUCAACGGCACCGUCGUCCACGCAGAAAUCAUCCCCGGCACGUACUUUGCCGAGCCCACCGUCACGGGCUUCUUCAACCCCGACGGGCCCGAUCCUGCUGCUCCCGAUCUUGCCCAGGGAUACAUCACCCACUUCGCCACGCGAUGCGUCUUCUACAUUGAGGCAAAGAAUAUCGGCCUGAUUGCGCUGCUCUACGUUGGCAUGGCAGAUGUCUCAUCCUGUGAGAUUGCCCCUGAGUUCCAGGACCUGGGCGACAAGGGAGCGCCAGUGAAGAAGGGCCAGGAACUGGGAAUGUUCCAUCAUGGAGGCUCGACCUACUGUCUUCUGGUGCCAAAGGAGACAAAGGUCACGUUCAUCCCCGAGGCCACUCCCCGGGAGGGACAGAAGAAUAUCCCCAUUCGCAGUGCCCUUGCUCGCGUC